GCGAGGAAAAAAAACGGCUCUCAGCAAAGCAACAAGAAGGAAGAGCAAUGGCGACACUGGAUCGCCAAAUACCAAGUCCGGAUACCUUCCUUUUCAAACCUUGGUCUUCCUUCGUCAGUGCGGCUAAAUUACGUGUUGUUGACAACUCAUCCUCGGAGAACAGCGACAACAAGCUUUGCAGCCUUGGUGAAGCCGUGAAACUCAGAGAAGAGAUGCUCGUUUACGGCCGCUCUCCAGCUCUGGAGGAUUUCUGUCUUGUCGUCUGCCACAUCUGCAACCAGGUGGUCACUCCUCAGGGCAUCCUCACACACUACGAGAAGCGCCACAGUUCCCCGGUUCCCUCUAGGAGCCCGCUGGUCCCCAUGAAGCCGAAGGCCCCCGCUGUGGCCCCCAGCUCCGUGGACACAUUGGCCUUCAGGGUCCCCAAGGAUUACCCCCACUCCCGCUUCAGCAAGGCCCCGCUCGCUGUCUACCCACCCAAGGGCGCACGCAACAAGACAUGUGUCUCCCUUCCAGUCGUAAGCCUGGAGAAGAUGCCAUGCCUCAGCCGCGCCGACGCAGCAUCCCACGUUCGCCUCACCUCUUCCUCCUCCUCCUCCUCCUCCUCUUCCUCCCCUUCCCCCUCCUCCCUCAAACCCCCCUCCCUCACUCCCCCAGCCUCCCAGCGUUCUGGCGAAAAGCUUGUGAACGGCCGCGUCACCGGCGGGCCGUCUACGCCGCACUCUGCCACGCCUCCGUCCUCUCUGGACGGGCGGCCCAGCCCAGCGCGCUCUCCCCUGGAUAGACGACCGUCGUCCACCCCCUCUCCCUCCCCGCUGGACCGCAGACCCUCCCCGUCACCCUCGCCCUCCCACAGAACCAGCGCCCCACCGUCUUCAUUGUCAUCAGCCUCGCCGUUGGAGAGGAAGCACCAAAACGGAACUAAGACUUCCUCGUCCAGGUCGCACAAAAGACUUUCAGGGAGAGUGUUUGAUCCUAACAAGCACUGUGGAGUCCAGGACCCUGAGAGCAAACGGCCCUGCACGCGGUCUCUCACCUGCAAGACACACUCUUUAACACACCGCCGAGCCGUCCCCGGCCGAAGGAAACAUUUUGACAUCCUCCUGGCUGAGCACAAGGGGCGAGUGAAGGAGAAGGAGGGAGCCAAGGAGAAGGAUAAAGACAGGGAAGGAGGACAGGCGAGGAAGGAAGGCGGCAGCCAGAGCGUUACGUCACAAGACACCGCAUCGCCCAGCAAGCCCCACUGCCCCAACGGUCGACCCCUGUCCACGCUGAAGCUACGCCUGGCAAAUGCACACAUACCCAGGGUCCCAGGCUCAGCCACUUCUGCCUCCAGUCCUCUGCCCCCCGCGCCGGCGCCUGGCCCGGCCUCGAUCCCAGAGCUGUCUCCCCACAGCGGGCUCAGGACAGCGGGGGAUGGCGGUCGGCUUUCCAGCGAUGAGGGAGACGCAGAGACCCCAGAGGACACCGACAGGCCUUCCUGUCCCUACUCCACUCACCACCCGCGGCCACUAGGGUGUUGUGUAUUCAGCAGCAGGCUCAUGGGACGAGGCCACUAUGUGUUUGACAGGCGAUGGGACAGGAUGAGGCUAGCGCUCCAGAGCAUGGUGGAGAAACACCUCAAUGCCCAGAUGUGGAGGAAGGUGCCGCUGGCUGCCGAGAGCCUCCUCUCUCUCUCCUGCUCUGGUUCCUCCGCUGUCUCAUCCCAGCAGACUCUCUCCCCCUCUCCCACCUCCCUCACCCCUCCUGUCCUCUCUCCCCCCUCCAACCCCUUCUCCUGCACCGCCGGGGUGUUCAGCACCCGAGACGUUCCACAACCCCCAGCCCCUGCUUCCACGCCUGGUAAAGCCCGUAAUGGCACACAUAAAGCCAGCCGCCCAUCCAGAGAGAUGGAGGAUUCUAUAGCGGGAACCAAGAAGAGAAAAAACUCUUCUUCCUCAUCCUCCUCCUACUCCUCUUCGUCAUUGUUUCCGACUGUGGAUAAUCACAAGAAAAACGGCAGCAGCUAUCAUCCGGCUUUCCAAGGUUCAGGGGGGAUGGCCGCCACCCCAAGCUGGAAAAAAGGGCCGGGGCGUGGGGGAAACGGGAUGGGGAGCAGGGCAGAGGACUGGCUCUCCAGAGCUGAUGGGUCUCAAAGCCACAAUUCUCAGAACAGUCUGGAUCCAGGCACCACCAGUGUACCCUACUCACCCAACAAGGAGCCAGCCUCCACCCCCCAUCUGCCCCCGGCUCCCCCCUCCGGCCCCCUGGCUUACGGAGGAGGAGCGGAGGGGAGGAAGAGGAGGAGCCCCAGCUCGUAUGGAGGGAAGGCCAGCAAGCUGAGCAGGGCAGGGGGGCUGGAGAGCCUCUUCAGGAAGGGGAACAGCACCGGGGGGAUCCUGGCCUCCGGGCCUGAGUCCCCAAGACAGGCCAAGUUGCAUCACUGACAGCAACCUGUUCCACAGAGAGAAUGUCGGGCAGCUGCGGAGGCCACCACAGUUUGUGACCUUUGACCUCACCACUCUUCCGCUGACAGCACCAAUCAGACUGCUCCACUUCAGCGAUGCCACCCCAUUUACCCAAUGACAGCUCGGUUCACCCACUGUGACAUCUGGGCUUUGGAGUCUAUCGCAGGGGCCUGUUUGCACCAGCCCCUGCCAUCUCGCACCGCUAGGCCCAUAAACGUCCCGCCGGUCACCUCUGCUCCUCCGGCGCCACCGAUUAAACGACGGAUUUUUUCGGCGGAAAGCUGCCGUGCAUCACUGUGGUCGCGGUCUUUUUCAGAACAAGACGGUGAAAUCCAAAAAAACUGACCCUCUGAAAAGGGAAAUCGCUUCGGUUUGCAAAGUUUUAAAGGCAUUGCUAAUGAUAACCACCACUGUACAAUUAUUUUCAGGGGAGACAUUUUUGAACCAAUCAGCAUUGAUUUCCUGGUUGUGUCUUGACUCCUCUUUCUGGUUCCUGUGUCGGGUCACCUGACCAGGAAAGAAGUUUGUGGUUUGUUUUUGGGAGUUAGUUCCUUGAAGGGCCUACUGACACGACUACUGUAGGACUCCAGUCUCAGCUACGACCCCCAUCUCCCUUUUCUUUCUUUCAUUUUUUUUUUAUCUCUUUAACUCUGCUUCCCUGCUUUCCCUUCCUCAGAAAGUCAGAAGGGGUAGCAACAGCCUUGUUUGGCUAAUUAGUCGGCCAAAAGUUCCCUCUCUUUCACUCUCCUCUUUCUCAUCUCCCCAGUCUCGGACAGCUCUGUCGACUUCUCUUUGUCGUUUCCUUUCCUCCUCUUCACUCCCUGUUCCUCCUCUUUCCCUACCCAGCAUGCCCACAUUCAAAGUGCACUUAGUCCUCCUUCCCCUCGCUUCUUUCCUCAUCAACUCGAGAGCAGUCUGCAGCAGUGCCACACCAAGAACUUGUUCAUUCAAGGGAAGAAAACGUCUGUGCUACCGACGACGCCCGUCAAUGCAUUGCAUUUCAGUGUAGGAAGAAAUCAGGUUUUUUUGAGGAUUGUUCCUGUUUGUUUGUUUUUGUUGUUUUUUUUCUCUUUGUGUUUUAAAUAUUGCAAGAAACUCCUGUCUGUGUGUCAGGACUUGCAUCCAAAAUGGAAUUAUUGCGGUGUUGGAUUUUUGUAUAAUAAUUUAUCGUUUCUUAAAUGAUUGUCGUCGUUGUUGUUGUUUUUUCUUACUGACCACCAGAGUUGAGCUACAGAGACAUUUUGAGCAACAAAUUAUUUGUAUGGCAUUUUGGAGAAAAGGUGAAAGUAUUAUGAUGAUAGUUGUUGAAAAAUAUGUACAUAUCUUUUAUUAUUUUUGUAUUUAUUAAUAAUUGACCCCUUUUACUAAAAAUGAGAUAAAGACGGAGUAUUACGCCCUCCUACCUUGGUCCUAUGUUUGGUAAUGUUGAUGAGGUUGGCCUGGUUUCCCAGAAGCUCCCUCUCUUGAAUGAGUUUUGUUCAUUAGCAGGCCUUGAAAUUGAUACUAGCCACCAGCCAAAUAUGAAAUUUGACUGUGGCUGCCACGUCUGUUGAUCCAUUCACUGAAUGAACAAAAUUUACCAGAUAGGAAAACAUGCUUACAGUAGAAAUAAAACAGAGAUUACAUUUCCGUGCAGCCGUGCAACCUAAAAAUGUGAGGUUUGGCUAGUUGUCUCCCACUGAGUGUCCAGGCCGUGUAUGAAAUGUGAUGUGUCGGGGCAGGUCUGGUCUCCUCAGUCCCACCAAACGCAAGAUCAACCAAAAACAGCUCUGAUCUGAGUUCUGAACCCACGUUUGCUCAAAUUCCAUUGAUCAAACCCUUCACACACUGUUUGAGAUCAUCCAGGAAUGUUUCAUGAACAGUUACACCAUUUAGGCCUGGAUGAUAUUUUAUAUUUUAAAUUGCAACAUUGUCCCAUCAAAAUUUCAUGAUAUUCAGUACAGGGAAUACGCAUUAACCAACCCAAAAUUGCUUAAAAAGUGAUUAUUUUAUUCUAAAUUCAUCUUCAAUCUCCUAAAGUAAAUGUUUUAUAUACGAGUUGCACUUCACUCAGAAUUGUCAUAUAUAUAUUUAAGACUGCAUAUACACACUAUCACUGUUAUUUUCUGCAUCUGUCCCAGUGUUACUGGUGGCUUGCCACUAUCGCUGCAGUGCCAAGAAUUUAACCAAACAGAACUGAAAACCGUAUCAAACAAUUAUAAGCAAAAUCAAUAUCAAAACAACUAAGAAUUGAGGACAUCUAAGAAUUCUGCCCACUGGUCCAAAUAUGAAAUUGAAACGUACAGCAUGUUAAAUCUCUAUAAAAGACUUGCACAGUCAUUCUGUUUUGGUUUGGAUAUGGUCCUGCAACGUUGGCCAUGUGGCCGCAUAUGGAUGGAAAUAUUGCAACAUCGGAUAUCAGAUACUGGCCCGAGCUGACAGCCAUGUUCAGAUUCCUACAUUUCUUCAGUUUCCCAGUGGGUUCACGUUGUUUCCAAACAGACCUGCCCCAUACUGUGCGUCUAAUGCAAGCUAAUGGACAAAGCUGAUGUUAGCAAGCAGAUUUUGUGAAACCAGGCCCUGUUUAGUAUUGUAAAAUAAAGGGCCCCACAUUCCGGUUUGCCUGUGGUUACCCCCUUUUUCAUACUUCUUCCAAUGGUCAAUUUUUUUUUUUUAAAGCUGUCUUUUUCUUCCAGUGGUUUGAGACAGAUUGGUCUAAUCUCAAUGCCAUUAUGCCUGGUGGUUUUAUUGUGUGUCAAGUCAGACCUGAGUUAAAAUGCUUUCACUUACUACUUAGUGAGGCAGGUCAUUGGCCACAAUCUGAUGCAGCUUAGGCUCAAAUUAGGUCCAGACUGCCUCAGUAUGGUAGUUUGUCAAGAUAUUUGGCUAUUUUCUUAUCAACUGAUUGAACUUGUCUGGCACCAUCUCUGCCCUGGUGGCUCAGUUUUGUCGCUGCGCUGGAAAUACAACAUUACUGUUACUAUGAGGGUUUGAACCUCACAUUGUUCUUAUGUAAUCACCUUUAUAAAUCUACAGUAUAAUUUUGCAAGACAAGUGCAGAGCAGCGGACCGGAUACAGCUCCUGAGUGUAAAUUCAAACUUAAGUCUCCAAUCCUUGGAAGCCAUUUGUUUAGAAUCCACUUCAUGCCCCGAGUGAGAUAAGAUGAGCUCCGAUAUACUUUAUUUUCUCUGUAGGAGAAAUUUGUCUUGGACUCAAGAAUCUGCUGCAUCCGUGCCUAAAACAACCUGCAUCAGAUCACAAAAUUGCAUCAUAUUAACACAUCAAAAUGUACAACUAAAUCCAGUAGAAACAUUAAUAUGUUGGUAAACCAUGGAACUGUUGCCCUGCCUUCAUAGUGCAAUAGUGACAAAAACAUGGUUGAUUGAUAAAACCAAGGAUACAAAAUACCAUAAGUCAAAGCUACAAAUGUUAGAGGACUUAGUUUCUAGUGCCGAGGUAGCAACUGCAUAAUUAAUUUAAAUCACCCUGUGCAUCUCCAUAGACUUCCAUACAUAUUAUUGUGCAAACAGAAAAGUCAAGACUGUUGUAGGUUUUUAGAAAUCAAAAAGUUAAUCGGAUGAAAUCGCCUCAAAGGUACAUUUUUUAAUGCACCUGGCUCUGCUGAACAAGCUGAAGUAAGUGAAAGCAUUUUAACGUGAUCCAGCAUUGAUAAGAGUGUGCGGCCCUGAGCGACGCUCCCACCUGGUACUCACCAACUGCUUCAGAGGAGAUCGCCGGGAUUCACUCUGUGUCUCAAAAGCAUCUGAGCACUAACGACGAGUCAGCUGCACAUAACCAGUUCUGUUUGUGUUAUACGUUUCCCACAGUGACUCUGAUGACGGAGAUCUGCCUGAAAUCUCUCGGAUCACUCUUGUUACCCUGGCUUGGUGUUGUUUUUUCUCGCUGUAGAUACACAUGGUAUAUCUGGGUACCCGCGAUGUACAGCUGACCAGCUAACAUGCCUACCAGCUUAUCCGUGUUGGCGCUGCAUUGUCAAAUCUCUACAGAUGUUUGUAUAUAACAGUCUGUUGCCAGCAGUGAUGGCUGUAUAUGUGAAAGGCAACACAGUUAACAUCACAGAAACACAGUAUAGGUGUUUUACUUUCAGUUCACAGACGUGGUUUGUGUGGGAAUUUGCCUUCAAGGGACAAUAAUUUACCGUGCUAGUGUAUUUUUCACACUUAGUACCAUCUCCCCUGUUUAUCUACAGAACAAAGAUGCUCUUAGCGCUGAGAUGUUUUUGGGAAGCACCACCCUGACUUACUGUUGACAGUAGUAAGAAGUUACAGUGUAUUGCAGCUAAGGUUAAGGCAAUGCUAUAAUGACUUUUGGACAUUGUCUUUGCUGUUGAAUGGAUGAAAUAUUUACGGAGGUAUUACAGUUGGGUAUUUUUUUUUUUUUUGUAAACCCUCCCCUCUCCUUUUUGCACUUUGUGAUAAUGCCCAGAUCUUUAAUCACCUUCUAUUUAUAUAAAUAUUUGAGAUAUAUAAAUCUAUAUCUAUAUAUUUGUAAAAGUGUUUUUGUCAACUACAGUAAAAAAAAAAAAAUGUAUAUGAAGAGUAUAUUCUUGGUGAGUGGGAGAAGGCCCCAAAACCAGUGCACUGUUUUUUUGUUUUGUUUUGUUUUAUUUUUUCAUCUGAUCCAAACUUUUGGUGAAUGUUGAAUGUCUGAACAAUGCCUUGCAAGAGUCUGGGUCUCUUCACCCUCACUUCAGUUGCUUCAGAAAAAUGGAUUUCCCAUCAAAUCAGUUUAACACUUGCUGUAUAAAAUGGUCUUAUAUCCAAGCUUUUAUUAAAUGAUUUUAAAUGGA